CUUGUCUUGUAGAAUGCAGAACCUUUCCAUGUUACUGUCCGAGAAGACAAUUGUAUCAUUGUCUCCCUGGAAGCAUCUGAUGUGGUGAGCUCAUCCUCUGUAUAUGUUGUGAAGAUAGCUGGAGAAUCCAAGAACUACUUUUUCCAGUUCGAAGAAUUCAAUAGCACUUUACCUGCCCCUGUGGUUUUUAAUGCCAAAUACCAUGGCUUAUAUUACAUAGUAACUCUGUUGGUAGUGAACUCAAAUAUGGUUUCCAAGUCAGCAAGAUCAAUCACUGUGUUAACCAAACCCCUUCCUGUGAGCAAUGUUUCUAUCUAUGAUUACAAACCAUCUCCAGAAACAGGAGUGUUGUUUGAAAUCCAGUACCCAGAGAAGUACAAUGUUUUUACCAGGGUAAAUAUAAGCUAUUGGGAAGGAAAAGACUACCGAACAAUGCUGUACAAAGAUUUCUUUAAAGGUAAAACAGUUUUCAAUCACUGGCUACCAGGUAUAUGCUACAGUAACAUCACAUUUCAGUUGGUAUCAGAAGCAACCUUCAACAAAAGCACGCUGGUGGAAUACAGCGGGGUCCAGCAUGAGCCCAAACAGCACAGAACAGUUCCUUACCCACCUCGAAACAUUUCUGUUCAGAUUGUACCAAUCAACAGAAACAACUGGGAAGAGCACAGUGGGAAUUUUGCAGAAGAAUCAUUCAUGGGGCCACAAGAAAUCAUAAGGAAAGAAAAACUUAGCCGUUAUUCUGACAGCCCACCUGAAAUUCCAGCAGCAAACACAUCCGCAGCCUGGCCCAGCUACCGCUAUAACAACACUGAGUACGAAACCACGUCGCAGCCAUACUGGUGGUCUAACGAAGCUGAGUCGUCAGAGGGUGAAGAGGAGUUUGUCAAUGCAGUUUCCAGUGAUUACGAGGCCAAUGUAGUCAACACGUCUGGAAAACUCAUGCCAGAACCCCCUUCCUUCCUUCCUGUACAAAUGGUGCUGACCUGGUUACCGCCAAAGCCCCCUACUGCGUUUGAUGGUUUCCAUAUCAAUAUUGAAAGAGAAGAGAACUCCACGGAAUUUUUGACAGUAAGUGAGGACACUCACAAAUUUGUUGCUGAACUGAAAGAACCAGGAAAAUAUAAGUUGUCUGUAACAACAUUUAGCUCCUCUGGCUCUUGUGAAGUUCGGGGAAGUCAAUCAGCAAAAACACUUAGCUUUUAUAUCAGCCCCAAAGGUGAGUGGAUAGAAGACCUCACUGAAAAGCCCCAGCAUGUGACUGUGACAGUGCUAAGCUCCACUACUGCCCUGACAUCCUGGACAACAUCACAAGAGAACGGCAGCAACAGCACCAUCGUGUCUGUGGUCUCUCUGACCUGUCAGAAGCAAAAGGAAAGUCAAAGGCUUGAAAAACACUAUUGCACUGAGGUGAAUUCAAGCAGCAGCCUCAUUGAAAAUCUUGUUCCUGGUGCCCAGUAUCAAGUUGUGGUUUACUUACGGAAAGGACCAUUGGUUGGACCGCCUUCUGAUCCUGUUACAUUUUCCAUUGUGCCCACUGGAAUAAAGGAUCUGACGCUUUACCCUUUGGGACCUACUGCUGUGGUUUUGAGCUGGAACAGACCUUUCCUUGGGGUAUUCAGGAAAUAUGUUGUAGAAAUGUUUUACUUCAACCCAUCAACGAUGACCUCUGAGUGGACAACCUACUAUGAAAUAGCAGCAACCGUGUCCUUAACUGCCUCUGUGGUAAAGUGACCAUUACUGACUAUUGCUUUCCCAUGCCUGUGUGG